AAGACGCUGAUCAGACGCUGAUGUCCAGGCACUUAUGUUUAAACAUUCUUAGCUUAGCUUCUUGUCAUUAAAGACAACUGGAUUCUUACUGUUUACUAUUAUUAGUUGAUUUUCAUCCUAGGACUUCAGCGUCACUAUGAUUUCUGUUUCCAGAUUUAUUCACAAAAAUCAAGCAUUUUUGGUUUUUAGACAGCUGCAGAGGACUCUGUCUUCUCAGACUGAUGGAGAGACCCGAAUCGCCCACAUUCUCAAAGAGAAGUUUCCGUCGGCCACGUCUUUAAAAGUUGUGGACAUAUCAGGUGGCUGUGGUGCCAUGUAUGAAGUCCAUAUAGAAUCCAACGAAUUUAAAGGGAAAAGAACUGUACAACAACACCAACUAGUCAACCAGGCACUCAAGGAGGAGAUCCAAGGAAUGCAUGGACUACGAAUAUUCACAGAAGUUCCUCGAGAUUAGGAGAGAGUCCUAUCUCAAAUUGUGGGUCUAUGGAAGAUAACCACACAAACGGAAUGUUGUAUGCUGCUACUUUUUUCAACUGAGCAUAAACACCCUGAAAUGCUCUCAGAUUAUUGCUGAUGGUUCUAUUGCAGUAAUGAAGGAAAGGGUUGGUCCUUGUUCUGUCUUGCAGUACUAGUCAGAAAUGAUAGAAAUAACGUAUGGCAGGGACACGGUUUAUGGCGUGAUUUGAGUAAUAAAUCUAACUAAGUACAAUCAUAUCUUUUUAUUUAUUUACCAUAGACCGUUCAAAUCACUGAAUGGUGUGCUAGAAAUGUAUCAGGACUGCCGUUCUUUCUGAUCAGACAACCUCACAAGAUAAAUCACCAGACCGUCUGUGGUAUGAUGUGAUGGGGCUAUAGUUUGUGUAAUUAGGUCCUUUCGUAAAAAAAAUUCAACUCCUGGUCUUGCGGAGGUUGAAAACCAUGUCCAACCACCAAACAUGAUUGGACAAACCAACUCAUAGGGCAGAGCUUUCUGCAGAUAUGGAUUGUGUAGUCCAGUACUGCCUAAUGCAACUGUAAGCCUAAUUAAAAUAGUCUAAAUAAACGAGUCCCUACCUCAUGGCUUCAAACCCUUGUAGUCAUGUGUCCACUGCCCACUUCCCAUGUGGAAAUCCUUUUCCCUGGAACUGGUGGGACCUGUUGAUCUGCUGUCAACAAUUUUGACUUCAAUAAGCCUGAGUUCCUCUUGACCUUCAGACCAUUGCCUUUUUGGCCCUGAUAAAGACAUUAACCCAGAAAAUACUGCUACUCCAGCUGCUCUCUCUUCAUCUAACUGUGUUUUCUCUCAUAGUCCGAGAGCAUCGGGUCAUGGGCUUCUCGUCAUUCUAAAUGGGUCUUUUCUCCCACUCGCUCACCUGUCCAUGUUCUUUUUUGAAUUCCAUGAUGUCAGCGUCGCUUGUCUAUUCAAGCUUAACAUUGUUGUCAUUGUGUAGGUGCCCUUGAAGACUACCUUAAUGAGUCUGAGACCUUAAUAUCUUUAUUUCCUGACAAAGGCUGAUAGUACUUCAAGUUGAUGACAUCUGCCUUUGCUAACUUUUUCUUUCACUUCUUUCUUCCACUUGACCUUCUCUUUACUGGAUGUUUGUCCACUAAUCUCACUGCAACCCCCCAACAGGUCUCUGAUCAUUUGCUUUGUUUCCAUUUCUUUUUCUCCCUUCUCCAACCCUACACACUCAGGACUUUCCCAGACGGUCAUGUACUGUCACGGUCUCCAUUCUCUCUGCACUACUACCCUCUCAUCUUUUGUCCUAUCGUUUCUCCCAUCUUCUAAAUGCUUCCUGCUUUUGUCUGCCUUUUUAACAAUACCUUCUUCCCGCUCCACAUUCAGUUUCUCAGUGUCUCCUUUUCUCUGUUGUGGCUAAUACAGCAGAGUCCCUGCCCGUUUUCAGAAGACUUCAGAAAACCUAGCUUAUAAAGAGUAUCUAAAAUAACUCUGCACCUCUUUCUAAAUGACUAAAAUGUAAAUUUAAAAUAAGUAUACAUGUACAAAGUGGUGAAUUUCCCCUUUAGGUUUAGGAUAAAGGUUAAGGUUAGGGUGAGUAACAGUAGAUCAGUGCAAUGUUCCAGUUAGGCUGAUGUAUAGAUCAAAAUGAAAAGGAAGUGUUACUUAAAAUACUAUUAUGUUAGCAUGUAUUUAAAAUUAGGGGAGAACCAGGACAAAAUUAGUUGAAAACAACACUCCCGUUUCCCAGGUGACACAUAAGUUUGAGUUAUUUAGUAAAAUUGACCUGUUUCUGCCUUAGAGGUCAAGCAGUAUAGCAGCUCAUUCUAUCUGCAUUUCCCAGUUUUCAAAUGAAAGUUUUUUUUGUUUUAGAUAUAUUUGAAAGAAAAUACAAAGGAAUAAGAAAAGGUAUUUAUAUGAGAAAACAGACAUAAAAUGAACAGAAACAUUAAACUAAAUGAAAUCAGAGAGACGUGUGAUCAAAAUAAUGUGAUGUAAACUGAUUACCUGAUAUAAAAUACAAACAUUUUAAGCAUU